ACAUCGGGAACGCAAAAACACGGCCACAUUUACGAGUAAACAGGCAGAGAGUCUUGUGGUAUUUUCCGCAUUUUUGCUGCCUUUUACGAAUUAAAGCUUAAUUCUUUUGUGUCUGUGGUAAGUGUCCGUUCUAGGAUAACAUUAUGAGUUCUCCAGAACAGAAAAUAGAUGUUCCCGAGAUCAGGGAAGAGCUGACUGGGGAACAAUCUGUUGGAAACAACGGUGUGACAGAGGCAAGAAGCACGACCCCAGUCCUUCUCAAGGUGGAGCGACUUAGGGUGGACGAUGAUGGGAACAGUAGUGUGUACACUAGCGAGGACGAGGGAGGGAGCCAUGAUGAGCAUAGAACCGCCGAGGAACCAGAGUUUGUUGCUCCAGACGAUGAACUUAAAAAUCGAAUCAUAAAACAGGUGGAGUUUUACUUUUCUGAUGCUAACAUUCUAAAAGACGCGUUUUUGUUGAAACAUGUGCGCAGGAACAAGCAAGGUUUUGUGAGUAUUAAACUCAUAACUUCUUUCAAGAAAGUGAAAUCCCUAACUAAAGAUUAUCGUGUGGUUGCCUACAGUUUAAGACACUCUGAUAAACUUGAAGUGAAUGAGGAGGGACGAAAAGUUCGUCGAAAAGACCCUCUUCCAGACUGGGAUGAAACAACUCCGUCUCGUUCCGUUGUGGUGGUCAAUUUACCAAUGGAAAACCCAUCGAUUGAAAAUGUGGCAGAAAUGUUUUCCAAAUGUGGUGAAGUUUCGCUCAUAAGAAUUCUAAGACCGGGAAAGUCAGUGCCACAAGAUGUGAAGAAGCAUGCCACUAAGCAUCCUGAAAUUGGUACAACAACCUGUGCUGUGGUUGAAUUUGAAAAGCAUGAGGCAGCUAAAACAGCUUGUGAAACAAUGAAUGAUUCUGAAGAUUGGCGACAGGGCAUGCGUGUUGUCUUACUCGCUGCUCAGAAGAAGAAAGAAAACAAGAAGAAAGACAAAGAUGAUGAUUCAGGCAAGGAGGAUGACAAUGAAGGUCAUGAUAAGAAAAAGAAGAGAAGAGAACGUAGAAAGAAAAACAGAAUUAAUGAACUAGCUGACAAUGAUUCAUCUUGUUACUAUAGCAGUGGAUCAGAAGCUGAAUUUGGUGUACCACAAUCUGGCAAUUACAGAACACACCAAAUCUUAAAGAAAACACUAAGUCCAAAUCAUAUGGAGCAUCCUGUGCUGAAGAAAACCUUGAGCCCAAAUCAUAUGGGCCACCCAAUGCUGAAGAAGACAUUGAGCCCAAACCAUAUGGAACACCCAAAACUCAAAAGAACUAUGAGUCCAAAUCAAGAGCAUGCUAUGCUUAAAAGAACUCUGAGUCCAAAUCAAGAUCAUGCAAUGCUGAAAAGAACUCUAAGUCCAAAUAAUUAUGACUCAAAUCGAUUGAGUCCAAAUUCUUCCCCAAGGUCAAGUCCAAAGUCUAGUCCAAAAACCAGCCCAAGAACACAAAGGAGGAGGAAUUUUCAUGGAAUAUCCCCACUGGCUGAUGACAAGAGGAGUCCAAGUACUAGUCCUAAGUUGAGUCCCCAGGGGAGCCCAGAUAUGGGGAGGAAAAGGUAUGACAACUCUUCAGAUGGAACACCUUCUAGCCCUUGGGUGCAGCGAAGACUGAAGUUGGCUGGUCAGGACAAAAGCCCUCUAACAGGUGGUCAAGUCAAUGGAAAGGGUCCUGAAAAACACAAGAUGCUGGGAAUGGAAGGAGUUAUCCGACAACCCAGAGGCCCUGAUGGCACCAAUGGUUUCCAUUUGGGAAGAGGAAAACCUAGAAGCAGUACCUUUUCAUAAACUGCUGGUGUUUUGCUAGAUGCGAUAAAUCUUGCUCUGUUUUGUGUAUAUUCAAACUAGGAAUGUAAGUAUGCAUCAAUUUAUUGUUUUACUCACAAAGGCCUUUGUGAAGGUGGAGGUUUCUGUGAUAGUAUGUAAACAGUAAAUGUACAUGUGUCUUGGUCUGGAUAAUGUUUGUACUUUUUUGUACAUUUGUUGAAAUCGAUUUACUUGUAGUAAGAAUUGAGCACUUAAAUCAAGUCAGAAAAUAAUUAUUAUUUUUUUAAUUUCUGUAUGUGCAUUUCAAAAGUAUUUCAAAUGCACUGUUUUAACUCUAUUUUUCGUUUAUUUCGAAACAAAACGUGCAAAUCUGUAUAAUAUCUGACUUUUUCAAGUAUCUUUUUAAUUGUUAUUAUCAAUCUGUUACUUCCUUAACAUAUUGGUUAUUUCAAAUUGCGUUUCUUUUAAAUGUAAAUGAGACUUGUCAUCUUAUGACAAAAGGUGUGCAUUAAUUUAUUAUGAUUGUAGCUAAUCAUUUCAACCUUGCUUCUCUGUGAUGAACUCUCAUUGUUAUAAGUGUAAGUGCACUAGUACAGUAUCUAUGUUUUCAUAUGAUCAUGUAGAAGACAUGUUUGAUUUAUGGAAAGAAAAAAUGGUUGUAUAGAUUAAGUUAUUUAAAUUUGUCAAACAUCUCAAGUGCUGAAUUGUACAAGUUUCAGAGAUAUUGGUACCAACAGUCUUUAAUGAACACAUUUUAUUGAAAGCUUGGAUAGCUCAAUUUCAUGAAAAAAAUGAUAUGUAAUUAAAAAGUCAAACAAUCAUGAAUGUUUGCCACACAACAGAUAAUGUAAAUUAUUUGUAAAGUCUAUUGAGGUAAACCUUCAGAAUUUGCUCCGAAUUGACACUGAAUCUUGAUAAAUGAGGACAUGCUAUUCUAACAAUGCCAUGAAAUAUGUCAAUGUUGGUUUUGAAUCCCAAAAGUGCUUAAAUAGCUACCGAUAGCUUCUUCUUACUGGAAGGGGCCAGGGGGCUCAAUUUUCUGUUGAUAAAUAGAAAUUGAAAAAAAUUUAACCCUGAAAAUAUCAAAUCUUUCUUGCAGUGUUGUAUAAUUUACUAUGCAUGAUUCUGAGUGUAAAAAUCAAGUGUAGAUUACUGCAAGCUUCUAUACUUCAUUGGAAUGUGAAUGGAUUUUUAAUAUUCAUGCAAGAAAAGGUCUUAACUUCAAUGUUUGGUUGGUUUUACUGAGAGGAUAUUUUUCUAAGUUUUAAUAUCGUGAUUAAAUUUUUCCAAAGUUUAUUAUAGUUCUAAACUCUAUAAAGUGUUCACUAUAUUAUAAACUUGUUUUAUGAAAAUAUAUUUGUUCACCGAACAAUUAUCGUACACAAGCUAAACAUAGUUUAUUGUUUGGCUUAUAUAAAAACAAUACUCAUGAGCUAUUAUCACAUAUUAGGUGAUAUUGUGAAAAUUGUUUUUUGACAACAUCAUACUUGUUAAAUAAGUGAAUGCUGGUAAAAUUAAUGUUUUAUUCUUUUGGCAGUACUUAAAGGUUUUAUAGAUGUAAAAUAAAUGGAGUUGCAGAUUUGAAUUUGUUAUUUUAGGACAACAGAGAAAAUUAUUUUUGCUAAUUGUUUUGGGUUUCCCUUUAAUUUCAUGUACAGUGUAUACAAGUGCUGGUUGAACUAGCAUCAGAAAUGUUUUCCUGAACAUCUUGCCAGACUUCAUGUCAAUUGUUGUGUUUUAAUCACAACAGGAGAUUUGUUUGAUGUAUGCUCUGUUAAGUUUAAUUUACACAUAGUGUAGAAAUGUCGCAUUGCUCACUGGACCUUUCUGUGUGGUGGGGUUGUAGCAAGAACUUGUAAAUCUUCAUUUUGUUGUAUAUUUUUGUAACAAUAAUGAGAAGAGAUCUGAAAUGUGCAAUACCUGCAUUUUAUAAAACAAAUUUAACAGGGAAGCAUUCACAAGUAAUGAUCAUGUUUAUUCAUCAGAGUGACACAGCAGUGAGCGUCUCUUUUUUUGCAUCAUUUGUCAUCUUUUCUUAAUAUCUUUUCAAGACUUAAUCCAUGUAAUAUGUAGAUUUUGGCAUUGUUUGGUUUUAUUAUUUUAUUAUGUAUAAUCUUUUUCUAAUGUUGAAUUUUAUAUAUUUUAAUAUUCUAUUUGGAUAUUCUGAAUUAUAAUUUUUUUUAUUUGUUUAAAAAGACACAUAUAGAAAAAGUAUUUGAAUCAUUCAGGGAGUUUUCUACACAGCACUGAGAUGUUUAUAUUGAGUUCAUAUAUGCUAUAAAUGUCCAUCAACAAUUUGUUUUGGUAGUCAUAUUUUUGUUGACUGUCUUGGUUGAAAGUCCAUGCUGUGUUAAGUAUUUUGUAGAGUUUGUUUGGGUUGAUGCUGUUUGUCUGAGUGAUAGAGUACUUGUUAAAUAUUGCAUGACUGGUGAAUUUUGUUUUGAAAGACAUUUUAUACAGGUUCUAUAAAACUUUUAAAAAUGUUAAAACCAAAUCUACCCGCAAUCCUGUUCUGUCUCCAAAGAAUCAUUACUGCAGUAACUCUCUCAAUGUAGCAAUUAUUAUGCCUUAUCUUUGGAUAAAUUGAUUACUAUCUAUAUCUGUUGUCAUUUUGAAGUAGGAACCAAAAUAAACUGUCUGUUGUUAAUGAUACAGAUGUGUGUAUAUGUGAGAAUGCAAACAUAUCUUUAUUUAUUGAUAGUAUUGUUGGAGAACAUUCCAAAGCUUGUUUAUUUUUUACAUUGUAUGUAAUGUUUGGAUGCGAUUUUGUCAGCAUUUGUCUUGCUGCACAGGGGGCAGACACACAAAACAGAAAACCUUGCUGUUGUUUAGAUCUCUUGAAACAAAUUUAUGGCAAUCCAAAAAGAUAUUUUAUUUUACUGUAUAUUUUUGUGCAAGUAUUGUAGUGCAUAAAAAACUGGGAUCACCUUGUCAUCAUGAAUAUGUAAAGGAAAAUACACCAACAAUUGAACUGCUUUUAUUAGGUACUGCAAAAUCUGAUCUGCUGAUAAUUUUUGUUACUUACACUCUCAUGAAUUUUGUUUUAAUUUUUUGUUGUGCAUUUAGAUGCAAUAUUUCCCACCUUUUAAAAAUUGUAUUUUCAUUUGUACAAUACAAUGGCAUUGAUGUCAACUUGGGUGCUGACGAAAGUCUCCUAUGCGUUUUACAGAUGACUGUGUUCUAUUAUAAUAUUUCAGAUGUAUCUGUCUGAAGUUUUGUUGUGGCUAUAAAUAAAAAUUGCAAACGUGUUUCAAAGAACAA